UAGAGUUUUGAAAAUCAACAAGUGUGCGCUGGAAGAGCGAAAGUAGUUCAAAUACGUUAAAAAUGUCGCAAGUUGUACCGCAGUGUUGUUCGACGAAAAUGUAUUCGAAAGUGUCCAAGUCACGGAAAUUUAAAAAUAUCCUGAAACCUGUCCUGCGGCGAUUAUUCAAACUGAGUCAUCGCAAACCUGUAAAAUCACCUGAAUCGCGAAUUGCGAAAAUCGAGGAGGAGUACGAUAUGGAGUGGAUGUCUGAGACCUCGGACAACGACGCCAACGAGGACUUGGAGCAACGCUUGAUCGAAGAUAUCCAGAAUUCUCCGACUGAUGCUGCGAUAUUUAUCUUUAACGAAGAUGGAUCCACGAAGUUGCAACAAAUCGAUCGGCAGAAGUUUUAUAUUCCUGUACAUUUUGCAAGAACCAAUGCUGGAACUUUCUUCUGGACGUCGGCGCAGAAAAGUGAACCCAUGAAGAUCGAGUGGACAUUCCUGGAUCGAUGGGCACAGGCAUAAGAUUUAUCAGGUUGUUUUCGUUCAUGAAAAUGAUUCAUUGAGUAUAGUUUUUCCUGUGAUAUUUCGUCGGCUGUUAGACAAUUAUUUUGCACCAGAAGUUCAACAAGUACUUAAGGAUCAAUCCAUGGAAUUUGACAAACCGCGCAAACCAUUUUUGGAGUUGAUCAUGUUGAAGAGUUCGAAGGGGAGAAAGUAUUCGUUCUAGUAAUAUGGAGAGAGAGAUAGAACUUUAGAUAUUUAUAUUAAUUAAUUACUUGAUACCAGUGCCAUUAAGAAUGAUAAGGUUUAAUCGAAAUAUUUGAAUGAAUGUAUACAUUGAAUGUAAUUUAUACGUCUUCCUUGUACUUUUAGCUGUAAGGUAACGA